AUGGACCCGAACAGUGGACUGGACGCUGUGCUGCUGCUCGCCAAGUCGGCGCGCGGUGCAGGCUGCAGGGAGAUCAUCAAGAAGGCGACGAGCGCGCCAGAUGUGCAUGCGUUUGGGGAGCUGUUGGACCUGCCCCAGGUGACGGAGUUGGAAGGCGGUCCACACGCCGCUCACCUCGAGCUCCUCAAGCUCUUUGCCUUUGGCACCUACCCAGACUACAAAGCACGCGCUGCAGAGUUGCCGGAGUUGAAUGAUAAGCAGGCACGCAAGCUGAAGCUGCUCACCAUCGUCUCCCUCGCAACACAGCUCAAGAGGGUGCCUUAUCAAGUCAUGCAAGAACAGUUGGACACGGCAGACACAAGACAACUUGAGGACCUCAUCAUCGACGCCAUCUACCGCGGACUCAUUGGCGGCAAGAUGGACCAAGCAAACCAGAGGAGCUCACGACACACGUGCACGUCUGCGCUGCAGUUGAUUGCGGACUGGACGUUUGGGCGCGAUAUUGUUCCUGGCGAUAUCGACAAGAUGAUCGGACUCAUGUCGACCUGGCACUCGAACUGCGAGUCGACGCUGGCAGAGUUGGAGGCGGAGAUGCGACGGGCGACGGCGGCGAAGCAGGCCGCACAGCAGGCGCAGGCAGACCACGACGCAAAGGUCUCUGCUGUGCGGGCAGCGGUUGAAGCCGAGAUGGAACGCGAAGUUAAGGACCGCGACUGA